AUUGAGUCUUCAUGACAGCAACAGCUUAGAGGCAAUGUCCAAUUGCCAGCACAACUUCCCGGAGUUACUUUCCCCAAUUAUGGAUAUUUUCUCUUUAUACACUCCUUGUUAAAAACGUCAGGGAUGGCUGUUUCAAAGGUGUACACUUUCCUGUGGGGUGCAGGUAUAGUUUUUGUGAUUUUACCUCACUUAAAUCUGGGAUUGUUGUCUGACUACAAGAUCUGUGCAGAUUCUGAGUGUGCAAGCUUGAUGAGCAGGGUACAGGCCAUCAGGGACCACCGUGGUAAAGAUUGUCGUUUCCUUAGCUUCAAAAGAGGAGAGUCCAUCUUUGUUUACCACAAACUGACAGGAAAGAGGGAAGACCUCUGGGCAGGCAGUAUUGACCAAGAGUUUGGCCAUUUCCCAAAGGAUGCAGUGGUAGAGGAGCAGGUUUAUGUGACUUCGGAGAAAAUAGUGGAGACACAGGAAUCAGACUUCUUCUGUAUGGAUGAGUCUGGGUAUAUCAUUGACUCCAGUCAUUUGGACCCUGAUUAUGAAGGUGAUGACAGUGAUCAGAUAAUCCCAAUCCAGGAGUCAGAAACAACCCAAACCAGCCCGAAUACCGAUGACACUAAUGCUGGAAGUCCUUCAACACCUGAAGAUGUCUCUACAGAAUCUCCACCGCCAGCGCGGCAAUCUGAGGGCGCAUCAGCAGGAGAGAACGAAGAGAAAAAUGAUGACGAUGAAGGUGCCGGGACUGAUGAGGAAGAGCCCGAGACUCCUGCGGCUCCGAACGAACAAGGUGGGUCUCCCUCCUCUUCCUGGCUCAGUUCUUCAGUGACAGGAUGGUUAGGUCUGGGGGAAGAGGAAAAAGCUGCCAAUGUGGCUGAAGAAGAGAAGAAAGACGAGAUUGAGGAGACGCAGGCUGAAGGUUCUUACACUUCUUCAAUGAUGGGGUGGGUGGGGCUAGGAGGAGGAGGAGGAGGAGGAGGAAAACCUGAUGAUGCCGAAGAGAGCUCAAAUAGUCCAGAAGAAGAUGGAGAAACUGCUGAUUCUUUCACUUCAACCAUGACCGGGUGGCUUGGUUACAGAAGCGAUAAAAAGACAGAACAAGAGCAUGAUGAAGAAGUAGAAACAGAUGAAGAAGAAGAACAGGCAGAGAAAUUCAGGAGCAGGAAAUUGUCUCUGGACCUGGAAGCCAAUCAAUUGCAAGUUGAGGAGGAGAAGGAAGAGAUGGGGACAUUGGGUUGGCUGGGAAGUGGUCUCUCCAGCACACUGGGGUUUGGCUUGACCAAUCAGGAGUCAGAAGAGGGCGGAGAGGCUGAGGAGGUGAGCCAGAAGGAAGAGGAACAGCCAGCAUCCAGCUCAUGGUUAGAUUUAGGGAUCACGGAUAUGUUGGGCUUCGGGAACGAUGAGAAUGAAGAGAAUGAAGAGACAGAGGAGGACGAAACCUUAAAAGAACCAACAGGCUCACAGAACGUGGUGGACACCAGUCAAUCACAACCUGCACCGACAGAGCCAAGCUUAGAGAGACUGGAAGAAGAAGAAAAGAGACAGGCAGCACAGCAUCAGUCGAUGUUGACAGUGAUGGUAAGUUAG